CUCCAGUGCAGGAGGGGCAGGAUGGGGAGCCGCUGUUUAUAAGGGGAGCUGGGCCAACAUUCUCUUCUGUCCGCUUAGGAGUCCUCAUCCCAAGCCCUGGUUCCCGCGCUCCUCCUGGAGUGGCUGGUGGGAACGAGAGCGAGUGGAGAGAGACGCAGGCAGCCGGAGGGAGAGGUGUGGGAAAGCGGGGGCUGCCAAGCCGGGGGAUCCCGUCCAAUUGAGAAAGGAAGUCAGCUGACGUUAGUUAGUUAAAUUUAACAUCCUUUCAUGUGUAACAUUUGACUUUCGGCAACCAACAUGAACUUUGCAGAGGAAGAGAAUUCUAAGAGAUACUGCAUUAAAACCAAACAUGUGGCCAUCAUCUGUGCGGUGGUGGUGGCCGUGGGACUGAUAGUGGGACUUUCCGUGGGCUUGACCAGGACGUGUGACUCCGGGGAGGGCACCGCCCCAGCUCCAACUCCUUCCCACCUGCCGGGUGGGAGCACUCCCAGCCCCUCGGACCAGCCUCCCCAGGACCAGGGCGUCUGUCCUGCCAGUGACGAUGACAGUGGACCGUGGAGAAACUUCAGGCUGCCGGACUCCAUCAACCCGGUACACUACGAGCUGGAGGUGAAGCCGCUUCUGGAGUCGGACACGUACACGGGCAGGGUGAGCAUCUCCAUCAACGUGAGCGCGCCCACGCGCCAGCUGUGGCUGCAUCUGCGCGAGACCAGGGUCACGCGGCUGCCCGAGCUGAGGAGGCCAUCUGGGGAGCAGGUACAGGUGCAGAGGUGCUUUGAGUACAAGCCACAGGAGUACGUGGUGGUCGAGGCCCAAGAAGAGCUCCCUGCAACCAGUGGCAAUGAUCUCUACGUGCUGACCUUGGAGUUCGCGGGCUGGCUGAACGGCUCCCUGGUGGGUUUUUACAAAACCACGUACACGGAGAAUGGGCAAGUCAAGAGCAUAGCGGCCACUGACCACGAGCCUACAGAUGCCAGAAAGUCCUUUCCUUGUUUUGAUGAGCCCAACAAAAAAGCAACUUACACGAUAUCCAUCAUUCACCCCAAAGACUAUUAUGCCCUUUCAAAUAUGCCAAUACAGAAUGUAGAGGCAGUGGAUGACCAGUGGAAUCGAACAACUUUUCAGAAGUCUGUCCCCAUGAGUACUUACUUGGUGUGUUUUGCUGUACAUCAAUUUACUAACAUUCAGAGAAUAUCAAAUAGCGGAAAACUUCUCACUAUUUAUGUCCAGCCAGAGCAAAAGCACACAGCAGAAUAUGCUGCAAACAUCACCAAAACUGUAUUUGAUUAUUUUGAAGAAUACUUUGCAAUGGAAUAUUCUCUUCCUAAAUUAGAUAAAAUUGCGAUUCCAGACUUUGGCACUGGUGCCAUGGAGAACUGGGGGCUCGUCACUUACCGAGAAACAAACUUGCUUUAUGACCCUGAACAAUCAGCCUCUUCCAACCAACAGAGGGUGGCCACUGUGGUUGCCCAUGAACUUGUGCAUCAGUGGUUUGGGAAUAUUGUGACCAUGGACUGGUGGGAUGAUUUGUGGCUAAAUGAAGGAUUUGCUUCUUUCUUCGAGUUCCUGGGAGUAAACCAUGCAGAAAAGGAGUGGCAAAUGCGGGAGCAGGUGUUACUUGAAGAUGUGUUGCCUGUACAGGAAGAUGACUCUCUGAUGUCUUCACAUCCAGUUGUUGUCACUGUUUCAACCCCUGCUGAAAUCACUUCUGUUUUUGAUGGCAUAUCAUAUAGCAAGGGAGCUUCUAUUUUGAGGAUGCUUGAAGACUGGAUGACACCAGAGAAAUUUCAAAGAGGAUGUCAGAUUUACUUGGAAAAAUUCAAAUUCAGGAAUGCAAAAACUUCUGAUUUUUGGGAAUCACUGGAGGAGGCAAGUAGUCUGCCAGUGAGAGAAGUAAUGGAUACCUGGACUAGCCAGAUGGGCUAUCCUGUGGUUAAUGUAAACAAUAUGAGGACUAUCACACAGAAACGUUUUUUGCUGGACUCCAAAGCUGAUCCUUCCCAGCCUCCUUCACCCCUUGGUUACACAUGGAAUAUUCCAGUUAAAUGGACCGAAAGUAAUGUUUCAAGUACCAUAGUCUACAAUAGGUCAGAACAAGGAGGAAUCACUUUGAACUCUCCUAAUCCUAGUGGAAAUGCUUUUCUCAAAAUAAACCCAGAUCAUAUUGGGUUUUAUCGUGUAAAUUAUGAACCAUCAACCUGGGACUUGAUAGCUACUGAUCUUUUCUCAAACCACAAGGGCUUUUCUUCUGCUGACCGUGCAAGUCUUAUUGAUGAUGCUUUUGCCCUGGCAAGAGCUCAACUUCUGGACUAUAAGGCAUCUCUGAACUUGACCAAGUAUCUCAGAAUGGAAGAGGACUUUUUGCCAUGGCAAAGAGUCAUUUCAGCUACGACCUACAUCAUCAGCAUGUUUGAAGAUGAUAAAGAGCUGUACCCCAUGAUGGAGAAAUACUUCCAAGAGCAAGUGAAGCCCAUUGCGGAUUCUCUGGGAUGGAGCGAUACUGGUGACCACAUCACCAAGUUACUCCGUGCCUCUGUAUUAGGAUUUGCCUGCAAGAUGGGGGACAAACAAGCCUUGAAUAAUGCUUCUCAGCUAUUUGAGGAAUGGCUGAGUGGGACUGUAAGUAUUCCUGUAAAUCUCAGGCUUCUGGUGUAUCGGUAUGGGAUGCAGAACUCUGGCAACGAGACUUCGUGGAACUACACUCUAAAGCAGUACCAGGACAGCAACCUCGCUCAGGAGAAGGAGAAGCUGCUCUACGGACUAGCUUCUGUGAAGGAUGUCACUCUUUUGGCAAGAUAUUUGGAAAUGGUCAAAGACUCAAACCUUAUUAAAAGCCAGGAUGUGUUUACAGUCAUCCGAUAUAUCUCAUAUAACAGCUAUGGGAAGAGCAUGGCCUGGCAUUGGAUACAGCUCAACUGGGACUAUCUCGUCAACAGAUUUACACUCAAUGACAGAAACCUUGGCCGGAUUGUCACCAUUGCAGAACCAUUCAACACUGAACUACAACUCUGGCAGAUGGAGAGCUUCUUUGCAAAAUACCCAGAAGCCGGAGCUGGAGCGAAACCUAGAGAGCAAGUGCUGGAGACAGUGAAAAACAAUAUUGAGUGGCUGAAGCAAAACAGAAACUCCAUAAAAGAAUGGUUUUCUGCUUUGCCACAGAAUGGCUAAUGUGCACAAACGCAUUUCAAUUUUGUGACUCUGUUUCUCUCCUGUUGAGCAGGUGGUCCCCUCCCUCACAAGCACCUCAACUGGGCCUUAUAAAAGGAGACUGCUUUUGCUAAGUCCUAUAUUUAUGUCUUGCAAAGCCUUUAAAUUAUUCCUCUUUGUUUAUGAAGGAAGAUACUAAUAGAGUAUUUAACAUACUCAGGGAUUUCUUCUAAAUGUACUUUAAGGGAGAUUCUGUACAAACUGAAGAGAAUUUAAUAGUCAUAUUAAUGUCUUUAAAUAUCAUUUGCUGUAUCUUAGAUCUGUGAAAAUAGAACAAUUUGGUCUUAGCUUUACAUUUCUAGUACCAAAGAAACACCCCUUAAUCUCUCUUGAUUGAUUUUUAAAGUUUAAAUACCAGUACUUGUGGGACAUAUUACCAUCUUAAUCUUGAUUUUAUUAUUCAGAAUUGCAUAGAACUAAUAUCACUGUAUUCACAUAUGUCUUACUGCUUUAAAUCCUACCAAAGUAACCCAGGCUUAAGUUUUUUCUCAAGGAUUGAAUGAAUGAAUCAAGAAAUGACUGACUGUUGCCUUUGCUCUUAUAAAAUCAACAACAGAAUAUUUCAUUCUUUUUAAACAAUUAAAUCUAACUAUUACCUUGAAAACA